UUUGUUGGUGAAGCUUGUGCAAACGCUUACGGCUUAGCAAUUUUAUAUUAAAUUCACUCAUUAAUUCGCGUUGUUUCCUACAUUUUGUAUAAGAUCCGCUUGAUUAACAUGGAUUUCAAUUCUGUGCUAGAAGAGCAAUUUUUAGCAGCUGCUAAUCAUCUACAAAGCAUGGUUGCCAACCACCCAGAAAAAGCGAGUGAAGCCGAUCUUUUAUAUUUAUAUGGACGAUACAAACUGUGCACAGAAGGCCUAUGUCAGACACCUAAGCCAGGUUUUCUUAGUUUUGCUGCAAGGAAAAAAUGGACUGCUUGGAACAAUUUAUCCAAUUUAAGCCGGGACAAGGCAAUGGAAGAAUACGUUAUAAAAAUUAAGCAACUGGACCCAAAUUGGUCUCAAAAUGGGCGAAAGUUGACACCAUCAGGCAUGGGUGUUUCAGUGAGCACGUUGAACCAUUGUAGUCGGGAUGAAAAGGAUAUAAUUGACACUGAGAAAGAUUUAUUUGAUUGGUGCAAAGAGGGAUCUCUAAGUAAUAUUUCAAAGAACAAACCUUUAACUUGGCCUAAGGAUAGUGAGGACAGAACACUUCUUCAUUGGGCUUGUGAUAGAGGACACAAAAAUAUUGUUGAAUAUUUAAUACGAGAAGGCCAUGACAUUAAUUGCCAGGAUUCGGACAAGUCAACACCACUUCAUUAUGCUUCUUCCUGCGAUCGGGAGGACUUGGUUGAUCUUCUUCUUCAUCAAGGAGCUGAUCCAUCAAUAAGUGAUGCAGAUGGUGAUACUUCACAGGACUGUUGCUCUUCUUCCAAAGUUAAAGAACUUUAUGAGGAAUAUUUCAAAAACAGAAAAAAUAAUUGUACAAAUUAAAAUCAAUUAGAAUUGAACAUUUAGUAAUGGACCAAAUGCCAAUCGUGUUUAUUAACUGGUACUUAAUCAUGUACCUCUUUAUUACAAUGUUCUUACACUAUUUAUAUUUGAAACCCACAUUGCAGAACAAUUUCCGUUUACACUUCACUUACCUGUAUUUGGUUUUUGUUGCAAAAAAUUGCUCAAGCUUUA